AUGGAGUCGCCUUUGCUUCGAGCAGGGGUAGCUGCCGCUCAGCUUGCGUUGCAAGUCAGCCCAGUCGCCAAAAAGGAAGAAGGUGUGAAAGAAGAAGGAAAGAUUGAAGCGAAAUGUGAAGUGAAGAAGGAAGCUUCACCUCCAGUGAAAGCCGAGACAGGGCAUGCCACUGCAAAGAAACAAAAGACAGAGUGGCAAAGUGCCUUGAAGAAACUACCUGGAGACACUACCCUUGCCAGGGACAUUCUGGCUUACUUGGCACUCUUCAUCGAACCUUCCACUGCGGGGACCUCUACUGUGACGACUUCAGCCCAUCCAGUGGAUCUAGUGUUGAAUGCUUUCAACAACCCACAGACCUCAGAGCAAACCACGAACAAGCUGAAGAACUUCCUCGAGGAAGAUAUCUCCAAGCUUCUGGUACCUGACAGCACAGUGGAGCACAUGACUACAGCAGUGCCAUUGUCGUCCAUUUACAUCGCCAGACCCGACGACAUGCCCUGUAUAGAGGAUUGGACCACUUGCGCGGUGAGCUAUUUGUUCAACGGCUGCCGCUUGCAUCGAGAGCCUUUAGACUUGAACUACAACAAAUCUUUAGCACUCACUGAUGGAGAUCACGCAGUCAAGGAGCAGGCUAUUCAUCUAAGGACUGCUGGGCUCUUCAUCUUGCUGGUAGCAUCAAACAUGGAUCCAAUUACGGGGAAGGAUCUCAUUCAGUGUCUGCUGCCAGCCAUCAGUGAUUUUUGGAGCUUGCCAAGCACCAUCACGGCAUGUGGCGACAAGGAAACUGUCAGCUUUGAGUCAAUCCAAUUAUCCACGCAGGGUGCAGAGAGACAGCGUAAAGACGUUUUAAAGCUUGCUGCAAGAUUCGAACGGUUGAUCAAAGAGCGCAUGAUGACUGAGACCACCAUGGAUGAAAGCGCGUGCCUGAGCGACCUCAUCAGCAAAUACAACAGCUACAGAGCCAACAGCGCAAUACGAAAGUGGCAAAUCUCCCAAGACCAGUCUUCAGCUAUUUGGUCAAUAAUCAUCGGAUUGGAUGAAGUUUCCCGGUCGCUAUUGCGAAGCCAUCUUGACCACAACAAGUGGGAAGAGUCAGGAUACAACGAGUCUAUCCUCAGAGUGAAGCGCCACAUGUUGAACGAGACACCCAAGGGAUUGAAUCCAUUCUGGACAAAGUUGUUGACCGUGACACCAGCCGUUCAGCACCUCCACUUUCAGAAAUAUAAUCUUUGGUGGUCGCAAAACGCAAGGAGGGUCAAGAGAUCUAUGAGAGCACGGAUGCGGUGGACAGAGGAGCAGUGGAUCAAUAACGUCAACCACUGUGCUGUCUUUCAAUGGGUGAAGGAACAGUCCACUGAGCCUGAAGUCACCUCAGAGAUGCUGGAGAACAUGACUCAAGCUUUCCUCAAUGGGGAUUACACCCAAGACCUGGAUGCAAUCAUUGUCGCGAAGCCAUCAAAGAUUACCCCGCAGAUGACGGCCAUGUGGCAGGAUCACAUCGGACGCGUGAUUUUUCAGCCCCAGGCCAAUGUACGUGACGAGUGUCCAGAAGUUGAUGAAGCGCAGGACCUGUCGUUUGGUUUACUGAUGAAUGUUCAGGAUCAUGUGGCCGAGACCUUUAUGAACAAGAGGCUUCUCAUGUUGUGCUCUGACAAGGGCAAGAGCAACGCUGUCGGAGGGCUGACACGAAGGGUUCUACAGGACGCCAGCCAACGCUUCGACAGUUGUGAUAGCAGCAGAUUGCAAAAUGUUGGCUAUGUGGAUUUGUCGAAGUAUGGACGACUGGCAGCGCCGGAAAUCAAUGACAUCUGCACCUGGUGUCAUACCGUCCUCAGCCAGAAUCCUGAUUACAGCAUGAUUUUCAUGUGCGCCCCCGUCCUUGCUGGAGAAGGUGUCAUCAAUGGAUUUCGAGGAGAGCAGAGGCGAAUAGAGGACAAGCUCAAUGCCAUGCAGAUGGAAGCCAAAGCAGUACAAAUCCUGUUUGACACCAGCACCCUAUACAAGGCACCCCGAAACUCUGAUCUCAAGCUGGCAGAUGACAAUGUUUGGACAAAAUCGGAGUACUGGAACAGCUUGGUCAAUUCACCUUCUGCCCCGCUUCCUGUCAGUGAAUACGUGACGCCAGAGAGUGGCACCUUUUUUACACAUGAACAAGGGCGUAGCCUGACCGACAGACAGGAAACAGCGCAGUGGUUUGCAUCCCCGCAAACAUUGCGGAACAUCAUGGAAUCGCUGCUGGCUCGAGUCUCAUCCCUAAAGGGACAGGCCCUGGUGGUUCAACAUCUGACGCAAUACGAUGGAGUGAUGGAGAAGGUGAUGAUCGAUUUGAUGAACGACCUGCAAGGAGACUGCUACAUUGCAAUGUUCAGUGAGACCAGCAACAGCACCAUCUUUCAGUAUGCACUGACAGGGGUGAAGGACAAGCUACUGGAGGAGUGGAAGGCGGCUCGAGGCCAGAUUGGAUUGAUGACUCCGAAAUUCCAACCAGAAGCCGACUUGAGCACUGUGGCAAACUCAAGGAUGCCCCAGCUCAAACUUUGCCAAAUGAGUGACAACGGCCACCUGACCAUACCCAAGGAGGUCAGGGACAAAUGGCUGAUGGACCCAAGACCAGCUCCCAAGGCACAAGAUGAGAACGUGGAUUUGGGAGGUGAUCAACCAACUGCCUCAAGAGCGGCUGUGGUGACUCCAUGUGAGAUGCCGCCAGCACUCUCCGCUGAAGAGUUCCAAUCAAAGCACGCAACCGUUGAUGCUACCAUCACUUUGAACAUGGGUUCCAAUGUGACAUGCUAUGUUGUGGGUGCAAAGCUCUUUGUGACCAGCAGUACGAAGGUUGUGCUGGAAGAAACGACCAGCCAGGGAGCAGCAGACACCGCUCCGAUGCGGCUCUAUGACUUGAUCGUGAUGUUGGAAAAGAAAGGCAUUUUGGACACCAGUGUCACAGGACAUGCAGUGGACCGACCGGCUGAAGUAAAACGAGGAGAAGAACAGGAUCGCGUGGAGGUCGUGCAUGAGUCUUACAGCCUGUUCAAGCCAAAUAACGUGGCAGCGAAGACCGCCAAAGCUACGAAUGUAGCAGGGGUCGUGGGCUUCAAAGCCCUGAGCAGCAGCAACUACUUGCAAUUGGAGGGUAUGGCAAUGCCUGUGGAAACCGUUGCCCGACCUCUUCGAGACCCUGUUAAGAAGAGACUCUUUGAUGAUGCUGGCAAAGAACCUGAUCCCUGUGACAAUCCCAAGCUGCCCUACGAGUUCUUUCAAUCUGAUUCCCAGGACUUCAUCGACAAGACCAGUAUGGGCCCUGCACCAGUGUAUUUUCCACCUGAAACGGUUGCGAAGGCCCAGAAGUCUGAUGAAGAUGUUGAAAUGCAAAAUGCCAAGCGGUCAAAGCGCACGAUGAACGAUGCGCAUUGGGAAUUUGUCACUCGGUCCAACUUCAGUCAACUUGACUGA